CUCAGCAUCAGCUGCUUCUGUGUGACUGGGUCCUGAUUAAAGUCCUCCCAAGACUUCAUCGGAUCCACACUCAAGAGGACUCUACCGGGUUUUCCUGACCCCUCCCCACAUCGCUGUAAAGUGCCAACGCCUUAAGACUUGGUCACUGUAUAUAUAUGCCUUGUUUCCUGGGUCUGCGGGAAGCAUGAGUCCGUUGGGACUUGGGACAAGAAGAAAACAAGACAUCUUCACAAGGAAAACCAGACAUUAAUAAAAAGUGUUCCCAAGUCUGAAGAGACAGAGCACAGACAUGACCGACAGAGGACUUAGGGAUGCUCCGGAGGUCUCUCAAAAGGAUCUGGAAAAUGACGCAUCAGUAGAUUCCCAGGCACAGGAAGCCACAGUCACGAGUGUCUCUGAAGAUGCUCAGACCCCAACCCCUGCCUCUGGUCUUAACACAGACCACCAAGAGGUCGAAUCAAUAGGUCCAGGAAGUGCAGAUCCAAGUGAUCAAGGAGCAGGUCCAAAUGAAACAAAUUAUAGGAAUCAUCCAAAGGACAAAACAGAACAUGAGGACAACCAGAGUUUUCAGGAUGGAGAGGAAAGGCAUCAACUCUCUUCAGAAAGUCCGGGUGAAGAAUCCUUGGCUCCAGAGCCCAACUGUUCUCCAAGUGACGAGCCAGGAGGAGCAGGUGCCCUCUCAGGGAGUGGCUGUGCAGCCCUCCUUGAGGAAGUGAGUGACCGUCCUGGAGUGGCACAGGAGCCAGCUGCUGGAGACCCCCAGGAUGCGCCCCGCUCUGGUCACCCCAGGGCAGAGCUGGAGGUCCAGGAUACCCUGAGGCGGCGACUGCCUGCACCAGAGGCUGAAAGUCAUCAACAAGAAACACAAAAAUUGGAAGAAAACAAAGAGAGUGCCCAGGAUGCCAUAAGAAAGAUGAAUAAAAAGGAUAUUUUGAGCUAUGCCUCCAUCUUUCUUGGCUUCCUGGUUGUGACUCUUAUUCUGCUAAGUUCUGUUAGUAGCUACUAUUCCUCGCCAGCCCAGCACGUGUCCCAAAACCCAGCUUUGGAGGCCUUCUUGGUUCAGUUCAGCCAGCUGAAGGAUAAAUUUCCCGGCCAGAGUUCAUUUUUGUGGCAGAGAGGACGUAAGUUUCUCCAGAAGCAUCUCAACGCAUCCAAGCCCACUGAGCCAGCCACCAUCAUAUUGACAGCCGCUCGAGAGGGAAGAGAGACCCUGAAGUGCCUGAGCCUCCACGUUGCAGACGCCUACACCUCCUCCCAGAAGGUCUCUGCCAUUCACAUUGAUGGGGCUGGAAGAACCUUGCAGGACAGUGACACAGUCAAGCACUUGGUUGAUGUGGAGCUGAGCUCUGGGUUUGAGAAUGGCCAGAAGGCUGCUGUGGUUCACCACUUUGAGUCCCUGCCUGCAGGCUCUACCUUGAUCUUCUACAAGUAUUGUGACCAUGAGAAUGCUGCCUUUAAAGACGUGGCCCUGGUCCUGACCGUCCUACUAGAGGAGCAAACGCUAGAAGCAAGUCUUGGCCCAAGAGAAACUGAAGAGAAAGUGAGAGAUUUACUCUGGGCCAGGUUUACCGACUCUAACACUCCCAGCUCCUUCAACCACAUGGACUCGGACAAACUGAGUGGGCUGUGGAGCCGCAUUUCACACCUGGUGCUGCCCGUCCAGCCAGUGAAGAACAUAGAAGAGCAAGGGUGCCUUUUAUAAGCUAAGCACGGAGUUGGUUAGGUUAGGAAGGUGGCAUAGGCUUAUUAAAAAUUCCGCUUAAAAGCCUUCCACUUAUGUGGAAUGAUGUUGAUGAAUGUUAGGAAAUAACCUGGAAGGCACAAGUGAGCUUAGGAAAGAAUUUUCAUUUUUUGCAUUUUGUAAAACUUUCUAAUCUAAGUUGACCUAACUUUAUUUCCUUUGCCUUUCAAGCAAAUCAGGUUUGAAAUAUAGCACGGUAUAUAUACCUGAAGAAAAUUUUUUAAAGAUCCAAAAACAGCGACAGAAUCAUUGCACAGGAAGAUAAGCUGCUCAGAGUAACUACAGAGUGAUUUUUGUUUUCUUGAGACUCUAAGGAGCCUUUUGGAUAAGGAGCCAAGUGUUUGGACUUGGGCUGAAGCAAUUUCAGUUAUGAAGCAAUGAUAGUUUUUCUAUUACAUGUUAAAUAUUUUAAAAACUCAUUUUGAUAACCUAGUUUUGGAAUUACAUCUUACACUAAUUUGCACUCUGAAUAGCAAAGUGGAAAUCUGAAUUCAACACUUAACCUAAAUGCUAUAUGUGAGGCACUGUACUUUUCAUUCCGUUAAUGAGCUAAGGUAAAAGCUGCUGCACAUGAGAAAUGUUCUUGAAAAUUGGGAACUAUGGGGGAAGUGUUUAAAGGCAUUGAAAGGAAGAAAUUCCAACUGGUUCUAUCUUUAGCUUUCUUGAGCGACUUAGAGCAGUUCAUUUUCAAACUAGGUCCACUGGUCCUCUCCCCUUUUCCUCAGAGCAGUUCUGCUUUUGACUGAUUUAUGUGUUGGGAUUCUCCAUAAGAUUUAAUUGGAACAAUGAGUUCCACUGAUAAUUAAGUUUGAAAAUCACUGAUGAAGUGAAAAAAACCUCUUAGAAAGAUAGGUAGGAAAUGGGUAAAAAAAAAUGAAUGUAUUAAAACUCAUGAGUAGGAAGAGAAACAAAUACAGGUUUACUGUAAAGACAAUGCUAUUUAUGAAAGAUAAAGACCCACAGAUGAACAGCAGAAUGUAUAGACUAGUAUUUACUAGCAAUUUCUGAUGCUUUCGUUAAUUUUUGCUAGUUAACAUUUUUCUCUCCUGAGUAGAAUUUUGUAAUUUUCUAGGAUGAGAGUUUGAGUUCCCUGUAAGCAGAACAGAUUUUAAUAACUAACUGAAUAGAUUUUAUAUUUUAUGUGAGUACUUCACCAUCCUGUUUACUUGUUGUGCAGUGAUGGAACAUUAUAUAAUGCAGCUCAUUUCUUGAUCAGCUAGUUAGAAGUACUGUUAGGUUAACAGAGAAAUGCAGGAGAUACGGCUUAGUGAGAGGAAGCAGAAAUGCUGUUAGACAGAUUCCAAGAAGUUUUAAUGGCCAAUAUUAACUGUUGAACUAUGUCCUGUGAUUGUAAGAAAGAUUCAGAACUGUAUUGAGACAGUAGUUUUUUUUGCAUUUCCGCUCUGAAAGCAGAACUCUAGUAAGAUGAUCGUGACCUAAUGAGGGGUCUGUUCCAUUACAUGACACACCUAGGAUGUAGCACCAUAAUUCUUGCAUAUUUCAACUAGGUUUGGCCUCUCUGCUGUUAUGAGAGCAGAAUAUACAUAUAUGUGGAUAUAUGUGUAUGUGUGUAUUUAAGAAGUCACAUGAUUAUUAAGUAUGGAUUUUCAGAAAAGCUACGACCAUAUAGGGAUCUUUAUUGAUAACCUAAAGAGAGAUCACAAAGACAUGGGAAAACAGGUAAAUCUGUUCUAACCAAGGUGUUAAGGUGAGCAUAGUUGGUAUAGAGGCAUACCUAAAGGGACGCUUUUCAUUUAAGACUUUGUGAAGGAAUCUUCCAAUAGAUUUGAGAAAAGAUGUGCCUGAAGAAAAAGUUAAGGCAAGGUGAAUAUUAGUAUCACUAUUACUCCAAUAUAAAAUCAGAGGAAACUAAAGACAAUCAUAUAUACCACAUCUGAAUUUGUUGUGUGUCUCUAGCUCUCAGUGCUAGCAUUACAUUACACAAAACCAGCGGUGCCUUGUAGAACUGUUAGGUCGGCCUGCUGACCCGUCUACCUCAGAUCUAUGAAGGACAGCAUGAAGUGUGCGUAUCUGUCAGUGACUCAGAUCACAGUUGAAACAAAGAUUCUUGUUUCUUCAUUCGGUUGAAUAUAGUUUUUUGUUUCCUUUGACUAUAAUUUAGAUGAAGAAAUGUCAAAAAGUCACACUCUUUUUUUUUUUUUUUACUGUUUAGCCUCUGUUGAAAAACACUUCUCCUUCCAUGUAUAAGUGCACUCAUCUGAAGCUGUUGCCAGUUUCUGUCCACUCUUUCAACAUUCACUUUAAAAAGAAGCAGUAUAUUAAUUCGCUCUGGGUCUUCUCAUGAGUAAAAUGACUAUUGUUAAACCAUAAAGCUUUGUAUUUUUAAGUGUACAAUUAAAUUCAAUCUAUUAUUUAAUGUA